AUGGUUUCCGUAAAGUUUCUCUUCCUGGUCAUCUUCUGGCAGCACUGCUCAGCCCAAAGUUGCUCAUGGAUGGAGUCGCCCAACACAAACACGCCUGGAGGCUCUUUCAUGCAAACUUACAAUACUCUUAAUGCCUGCAAAGCUGGAUGCUCGAGUACUAAUGUAUGUCAGAACGGAUUUGAUUGGGAUUGGAACGUGAACGGCUGUUUUUUCUCUACAAGCAUGACUAAGAGGCCUGCUAAUAACGUCAGCCAUUUUGACUUAACAUGCACAAGUUCAGGCACCCCGACGCCAGCUGCUCCUUGGAGUACCUACGGCUGCGGGUGGACUCAAUACUCGAACACAAAUACCCUCGGCGGAAUUCUUAAGAACCCCACAAACCUCUCUGAUUGCCAAGCCAGUUAUCUCGCCUCGAAUUACACGUAUGGGUUGGAUUGGGACAUAACUAAUAGUAGGUGCUAUUUCUCCACAACCAGUAUGAAGCAGACAGGAUCAACUGGAGUGGACCAUUACGAGAACAGCUGUGUCGACCCCCCAAAUUGCUACUGGAUAGUGUCUAACGAUACUUUUACACAGAAUGGUAGGCCAAUGAAUGUUGGCAACGAUAGCACCUACCAAGCUUGCCAGGCUGCUUGUAACAGUUUCAAUCCUUGUCCUUAUGGGUUCGACUACAAUCCCUCCAACCCAGUUGGUCAGCGUUGUUUCAAUAGUACCGGAACGUACCGUAACACCAUGGCCGGGAUCUUCCAUUUUCAACCCUCUGACGGAUGUGUCAAUACUUGCAACUGGAGAUCCACAAAGGACAAAAACACUCGCGGAGGGAUCGAACAAUCCUUCAACACGAUUGAAACCUGCCAGUCUGCAUGCCUGAACUCGCAGGCGACGAAUUACUGCGAAAAUGGCUUCGAUUGGAAUAGCAAUCUACUGAAAUGUUGGUUCUCCACUAGCUCCACUACAUACGACGCCGUGGGUAUUUAUCAUUACGACUGCACAAAGAGUUCAUGCAUUUGGUCGAGUUCCGCCGGUACAAAAACUUUAGGCGGAUCUCCUCAGUCCUACACGACCCUCGAAGCCUGCAAGAGUAACUGCCUAAAUUCUCCGGACACGAACUACUGCUUUUACGGGUUCGAUUGGGACAGCAGUGACACUGCGACCACCCGAUGUUUUUUUUCCACAGGCACCAACUAUCAAUCGGCCAAUAGGGUCGAUCAUUAUUAUUGUGAACCGGACAAGUGCACCUGGCCCGUAAUGUACAACACGAAAACACUGAAUGGAAACCCCCAAGCCUACACGUCCCUAGCUGAUUGCAGGAUUGCCUGCGAAACUUCAACCUCGACCAACAACUGCCAGUAUGGGAUUGAUUGGGACGAAUCCGGACUGACCGCAACUCGCUGCUGGUUCUCUACAUCCGUCCAAAAGAGCACCGCUAGCCAAGUUAAUCAUUACGACUGCAACCGUCCAUCUGCAUGCGGCUGGAUGAGAUAUCAGAAUAGAAACACGCUUGGUGGUAGGCCAAUGAACGUCACCAACGACGAUGACGUCACUCAGUGCCAACAAUUCUGCAAAAACUACGUCACUUGCUCUUUUGGGUUUGAUUACAAUCCGGACAAUCCAACCGGCCAAAAAUGUUUCAUGUCCGUUGAUUCUACUCUCUAUAAUGCUACUGGAAUCUCUCAUUAUCAACUAUCUUCUGCUUGCUACGGCCUGAAAAAGCCUGAUUACUUCAUGAUAGCUCAAUCCCCAACUACGGCUCAAUAUCCAACUGUAACCCAGCUCUCUUCUGUAGCUCAAUUUCAAACUGCAGCGCAAAAUCUGGCUGUGGGUCUGUGUACCUGGUACACGAAAGAGAACACCAACACGCAAGGGGGGUUAGAGCAGCCCCUCGUAUUCACACUGGAUCAGUGCCAAGCUACUUGUAUUAGCAGCAACAACUGCCUGUACGGAUUUGAUUGGGAUGAGAAAAACUCCCGUGGAAUCAAGUGCUGGCUAUCUACAAUGAAUGUUCAGAGGGAGGCAGCCGGUGUUUUGCAUUACUUCAUUUCGUGUCCUCUACCGGUUGAUUGCGUAUGGAACAAAUAUCCGAGCACGCAGACGAAAGGGGGUAUUCCCAUCCCCAUCCGCCCCCCGACCAACGACACCCUGGACAACUGCAAGGACUACUGCUACAACAACAGACUGCUCUGUACUAUGGGCUAG